AUGUUGAAUAGUACAUUGAAUCCACAUUCAACAGAUUCGAACGAGGAAUCUAAUCAUCAUCAUCAUGAUCAUCAUUAUCCUAACAACAAUAAUUGUUAUCCUCAUUCACCAUUGAUACCACCAUCAUUACCAUUAUUUACAUCAUCAAUAAUAAAUAAACAACAUAAACAUAAAUUAAAAAUGAAAUUAUGGAUUAAACAAUUGAAGCAUUAUAUACGUUGUAUGGAUUAUAAACGAUAUAAUGAUAUACGUUUACGUAAAUAUUUACAAACAUUAAUUAUGUUUGAUCAUCCGGUUACAUCAACAUUGUCAACAACAUCUUCAACAUCGACUUCGUCAACAUCGACAUCGACAUCUUCAAUGAAUAGGACUUUAUCAAAACUGAGAAAAUUGUCUAAGAUGAAAAUAUAUUUUACAAAAUAUAAUAAUUAUAAUCAUUUAAGAAUAAGAUCCAAAUUGAAAAUAGAUCCAGAUCAUAAUGAUAGAGAAAAUAAUCGAAAACAAAUUGAUGAUAUAGAAUUGUGUAGAACAAUAAAUAUAAAAGAGAAUUUUGAUGAAACAAUGAAGAAAUCAACGAAUCAAUUCAGAAAUACAACUGAUUGGACAAAAUUGAAAUGUAUCCAUCAACCAUUACAACAAAAUCAAUCAGAUUAUUUGAAUCAUAAUGAAGAUAAUCAUCAUUUAAAGAAUCAAAUAGAAUUGAAUUCUUAUGAAAAUGAUCAUCAUCGAAAUACAAUAAGUCCAAUUGAAUUAGUUUAUGAUCAAAUGAAAUCCUUAAUCAAUGGUACAUUAACACAUGAUAGUGGAAUAGGGAAUUCAGAACAUAUUGAACAAUUAAACAAAGAGACUACUACUACAACUGCAACCACUACUAAUACUACUGAAAUAAUACAUUCUAGUAGUAUAAAUAGUGAUGAUAAUAUUAAUCAUAAAGAUGAUGAUGCAUUAGAUUUAACUGUAAACAAAUUAUUUACUAAAAAUACUUUGAAUCAAGCACAUUUCCUGUUUGAUAAUGGAAAACAUCAACAAACUAUUGAAGAUAGUCAAUUGUAUGAAUCGUAUAUUAAAGGUAUAACAAUGAAUCAAUUAAUGCAAUUUCUACCAUCUUCAUCUUCAUCAGAAUGUUAUAAUUUAACUUUAAAAACAACACCGACAACACCGACAACAACAACGUCACCCACUAUUCCACUUCUUCCAUCUACAUUGAGUAAUGUCAUGAAUAGUUGCGAUGGGAAACUAACAAAAGCUGUUAAUGAUAGUAAUUUCUGUCCAUAUUCUCAAAUAUCAUCUUUAUAUGGAACAUCAUAUCAACCAUUCGAAUUAACAAAGAAUUCAUCAACAUCAUCAUCAUCAUCAUCCGUAGAUUUAUUCACUGCAGCAGCAGCAGCUUAUGCAGCAGCAGCGGCCGCCGCUGCUGCUGCUUCCUUAGUUCAACCAACAAUAUCAUCCAACAUUACCACUAUUCCAACAACAACAACCAUGAUCCAUUCACCAAUGCUAUCAACUAAUGAUCAUGAUCAUCAUGCAUUCAUGUUAACAACAAUGAUGAAAGAAAGAUCAUCAACCUAUUCAAAUACAUUAGAACAAAUGAAUCAUAGAUUAUUAACAUUACCAAUGAAUAAUAAUGGUACAUCAAUGAUACCACAAACCUUAUUAACAUUGUUUACAAAUUCAAAUUAUAAUUGGCCGCCAAAAUCAUCAACUCCUGUAUCCAAUAGUAAUAAUAAUAAUAAUAAUAAUGAAUUAAUGUAUAAACAUCGUUUACAAUAUCAAUUACCUCCUGGAUCAUUUAUAAAUCAACCUUAUUCAGAGAAUCAAUCCAUUAUGCAUAUGGAUGAUGAAUAUUUAAUGAAUGAAGAAAGUCCAAAUGAAUUCAAUCAAUUCAAACCAUCACCUACAAUAGAAUAUGGUCAUUAUGAACAGAAACUGAAUCUUCAUAAUGAUAAUAGUGAUAAUGAUAAUCAUGAUAAUGAUAAUGAUGAUGAUCAUGAUGAUGAUGGUGAUUAUGAUGAAGAUUGUUUAACCAUACAAAGACAACAACAAAUAUCAUCAACAAUGAUAACGACUACAACAAUAACAACAACAACAACAACAACUACAACUACUACUACUACACGAACAUCAACUACCACAACAUCAUCAUCAUCACGUCCAUCUGAAGAUUAUUUAGAACAAUUUAUGAAAAUUGAUCAAUCACAAAAUAUAUUAUGGCGUCAAUUAGCUGAUCGAUUUCAACGUACACUUGGUCCAAAUCAAUGUGGUGUUUGUAAUAAAGUACUUAGUUGUCGUAGUGCAUUAACAAUGCAUUAUCGUGUACAUACAGAAGAACGUCCAUUUGUCUGUAUUAUAUGUGAUAAACGAUUUUCAACGAAGGGUAAUUUAAAAACUCAUUUAGGACAACAUCAUGAAACAAUAGAAGCAUAUCGUACAGCAGUUGCUAUAGCAAUGGCAACUGGGACUGCAUUACCACGACCUCCACCAAUGUCAUCGACUACUGUUACAGUUCCACUUUCAAAUUCUAUUCCAAUACCUCAAGUGAUUAGUUCAAUAUCUUUAUCAAAUCAUACACCAACUAUAUCGUCCUCUUCUACCUUAUCUCCUUCAUCCACAAUCUCAACUUCUUCAUCUUCAUUUAAUAAACUAUCAAAAAAUUCACCAAUUAACCCGUCAACAUCUCAAUCAAUUUAUGUGGAUGAUUUAAAAUUGAAUAAUAAUAAUAAUGAAUUACAGUUCACUUCAAAUACAUUCUCGUUAUCAUGGUUACCACCUACAAGUCAACAAUCCUUAGCUCUAUUGAAUUCCAAUUGUUCCGUAGGAAAUUUUCAAAAACGAAUGGAUUCCAAUUAUUCAUAUGAUUUAAUGUUAUAUGAUGAAGGUAAAGAGAAUUAUCGAAUGAAUACUAAUACUACUACUACUACUAAUACUACUAAUACUACUGAUAAUAAUCAUAGUCACUUAUCAAUAAGCAAUACAAAUCAAUUAUUACAACAUUAUAAUAUACAUAAUCGUAAUCAGUUUGAAUCUAUGAAAUUCACAACCAAUUAUACUGAAUUAUCGAAAUGUAUUGAUUCUAGUAACGAUGAUAAUAAUAACGAUCCAAUCAAUAUGAAUAACAAUGACGAUGAUGAUGAUGAUGAUGAUGAUGAUGAUGGUGAUGAUGAGAAUGAAGUUGAUAUUACUGUUGGAAUUGAUUCUGGUACUUGUGAAUCUGUGAUCAUUGUUGAUGACAAUGAGAAACAAUAUCAUCGAAAUAAUGAACAACAUUUAUCAAGGAAUUGUAUUGUUGAAUAUAAAUCAACAACUCCAUCACCAUCAUCGUCAUCAUCAUCAUCAUCAUCAUUAUCAUCAUCACCAUCAUUAUUUCCUUUAUCCAUGAUUUCUACUACUACGACUACUACUACAACUACAACUACUACUAGUACUACUAAUAGUAGUAGUACUAGUAGUACAACAAAUGAAACAUUAAUUCAUAAAAAAGAUUUCUAUCUUGAUUAUACAACAAAUAAAUUUUUAUCAGUUGCUAACUGUUUGUAA